CGGUUGUUGCUUAUAAUCCCUAAUAAUAAAGAAAAUAGUAACAAUUAUCUACGAAAUGCAUUAAAAUCUUGAAGAUUUCAAGAAAGCUAAAAACCUUUAAAUAUGCUAGCAACAUUGACAUUGCAAAAACAUGUUUCUUUUCUCACUUCUAGCCACACUCCAGCUGUCUUUGUUGACAAAUGAAUGUUGCUGUCAAUGUCAUAAACGUCAUGCCUUAUAUUUUGGUUUGGUAUGUGCGUGCCUGCGUGGGGUUGAGUAUGUAUUCUAUCUUGUGAACAUUUUAACGUCGGUACAUAUUAUUGAAUACAUACCUACAACAAAGAGCCGGUGUUUUCGCAGUUUGUGGUCUUAACAUUACUGAACUUUUAUCACAUUGUUCGCACAAAAUGUCGACAAGAAGAGCAAGAAUAAAAGCUGUUACCUCACUACCGCCGCGGAGAAAAAAUAACGAUGGGGCUGAGAAGGCGAAAGGUACGAUUCUUGAAAAGGAUGGAGUUGAAAAAGCCAGGAGUCCUAGAACUCCACGGGGUUCUAUUAAAUCUCAAGAUAACUUGGAAAAGAAAUCUCCUAGACCAGUUCCUCCUUUAAUAUCUCCUCGCCAUAUAAAUAAUGCUAAAAGGGUACCAGCUUCACCCCUCAAAUCACCAUUCAACAUUAAACAAACCACAGACAAAGUAGCUUCACCUAAAGUCACCAUUACUAAAGAGGUUUCAACUCCAAAGAGUUCUGAAAAGGUUUCUGUAAUCACAAGACUGUUCGCCGCUAAGUCUAGUGUUUUUGCUUCACCAAAAAACUACAGUCCUGUUAGGAAAAGUAGUGUAGUGUCUCCUUUGAGAAGACUGGUAUCAAGUGGAGAGAUUAGAGUACGAAGAGUGUCCAUAACACCUGAGCAAGGUUCAGACAAAAGUAAGGAGAUUGUAUCCGGUAUUGAUAACAUUGAUGGUAAAUCAAAGGAAAUAUCGAAGGAAGCCAACACAAUUACAACAGUAGAUCUUGUAGCCAGUAUUGAUAAUGUUGAUGGUAAAUCAAAAGAAUCAUCAAAAGAGGCCAACACAACUACAACAGUAGAUCUUACCAGGGGUGAAUUGUCAGAUGAUUAUAAUGUACCAAGUGUACCGGAAAGCAUAACUGAAGAUACAGUUAUGGAUGGUAUAGUGCCACUCCAACCUGUUUCCAAUGCCCCUAAACCUUUAGCAAUGUUAAAGAAUGAAAUUAUAUCGGAGAAUGCUGAAGUCUUGUUUGACCCUAUUGUGCCACUGCCUUCCCCAAGUAAAGUGAGGACAAAGCUGCGACCAGUGCCCAGGUUAGCACCUCUACGAAGAAACAGUGUACAGGGCAGUGCAUCAGAAUCAGAGGAUGAGAAUCGUCGCGCGCUGUUAGGCGGCGGAGCGAGCACGCCGGCGCCGUCGCGACAGCGACACGACUCGCAAACCUCAGUCAGCACUAUGAUUUCAUUGCCUAAUAGAGAAGUGACUCGCAUCAGGAACGAUUCGAUUUGUUCGAGUGCUAGCCAAGCAAUAGCGGUGCCGCUGGCCGCCGGCUCGCCUCUCAAAGAAAAACAGACAAAGACUCGUCGCCCAGAUAAUUCGCGGCGCUUGGCAGCGAUGCGCAGACGCAGAGAGUCUGUUAAGCGUGAAACGCUCACCAUGUAUGACCUGAUCUUCUAUAACCCCGCGUCUAACCCCAUCAUUCCUGAUCAAGACGAGUUAAAUGCAAAAGAGGCAAAUGAGAAAGCGGGCAAAGAGGCCAAGGAGGAGGCGGUUCGUAAGGCAUCCAAAGACGAGGAGAUGCCUGAGCCGCAGCCGGAAGUGGAUGCCGCCGCGCCCGUGCCGCAGAUCAAACUCGGGCCCAACGGGGAAAUCAUUCUGGAUGAACAGAGCUUGGUAAUCAAACAAUCAGAGACCCGUCGUGUAUCAUCUAACGUAGUCCACGAAGGUGCCUGGGCCAACAUCAGUGCGAAUCGUUACCGUCGCACGCCGCGCACGGCCGACUGGUCCGACGCCGAGACCGUGCGCUUCUACCGCGCACUCGCCGCGCUCGGGACCGACUUCAUGCUCAUGGAGAGGCUGUUCCCGGGCCGGACGAGGAGAGACUUGAAGCUGAAGUUUAAAAAAGAAGAGCGCCUCAACAUGGCUCAAGUGGACAAAGCUCUCCGUACGACCUGUCGGUGGGAUGCGACCAAGUUACAAGAGGAGUUCGCGGCCGAGAGAGAAGCAGCUGAGAGGCGUAAGAGAGCCGAGGACGCCAAGAUGAAGGAACAGGCCAGGGAGAUGAGAGAGAGGCAGAGGAUCAUCAAGGAAUCUAAAGUCAGACAGAGUCGAGCUUUGAAAGCGCUCGGUUGUUCUGUAGUUCCGAAAUCAGUAGAAACUCGAGUGGACACAAGCUGUUCAGCGGAUGAGUUAAUACGACGACAUCACGAGGCGAAGGCACGAAAGCGAAAGGCAAAGCAACCGCCACAACCGACCUCCCCACAAAAGAUACCAGCCACACAAGCCACGACUUCACAGCCACAUUUCGCAACCUUAACAUUAAGAAACAAAACACCCACAGCGCAAGAUAAAGCAAACCCCAACCUAGAUAUGGCAACCCUAGAAAAGGUGGACUCGACUAAAACGCCGGAGGUCCCAGUGGUGCCAUCUAACAUUGAAUCCGGUUCGUUAGUGGUACUAACGGUCGACGACCCCAAUUCGCCUACAAAGAAAAUGUUACAAACAUACGUGGCUCAGGGUGGAGGACAGUUAACUCCUGUAGCUUUGCCGGCUUCGUUUUUGAACUCCGUUGUUAUGUAUAUGAGUAAAGGGGAGAAGACACCAAGGAGUAUAUCUACGACGUCAUCACCGCAUUUGACGUCGCCGGGCAGUGUGGCCAGCGUCGACAGUCGGCCGCGGUCCACGCCCGGCGUUAUUCAGUUGACCGGCGCAAGCCCUGCGAAGCGCACGCGUCAUAGCUCUUACACUAUCACACAGCUUUGACAGGAUACCGAGUAUACGGUAAACACACAAACUUAUAAAUGUGUGAACAAUAGUCCCUGACACAUGUUCGUUUUGGGCGAACUGCUGUUGUUGUUCAAAAGCUUAAUAAUGCUUUUUCGUUAUUUGAUGCAUUGUUAUGAGAUAUAGCUUUUAAAACGCAUGUCAAUUGAUAAAGCUAUUUCCAGUGAUUCAUUUACCUCUAGUCGGACAUUUUUGCAAACCAUAGACCAUCACAAAUGUCUAUUAUAGUUUUUUUUUUGUUAGACUGCAAGUGUUGCUGUAUUAAAAAAAGUAAGUAUCUAUAGCAUACAUUAGCACUGUCCUUAGUUGUAGUUUACAUGUUCUUGUGAAGUGAUCUUUAUAUAAUUAAGGUUAUGAAAUGAAAUGAAACUAUAAAUUGUUAACGGUGUUACUACAAAAAGGAGUCAAAUGUAUUUUACGUUAAAUGUUUUUUUCUAUGAUGUCACACGAAAUAUGAGUUAAAAAAGACAAUAGGUACACACAUUUAAUUCUUGUUUGUGGCAACACUGAAAUUUAUAAUCGUUGGUCGAUUAGGUAUAGAUAAUUACGUAAGUAUUUUAUUUAUGAUCUAUUAUUUAAUUAAUAAUAAUGUUUUCCAAAUAUCCUGUUUUAGAGAGGAUGCGAGAAAUAUCGUUCAAGUUGUAAUAUAUUGCCGUCGAUCAUAUAUCAUGACUGCACGGAUAACCGAGUGGUUGAGGUCAUCACACCAAACCAAACCGAGCGCGACGUGUCGCGGGUUCG